GGCACAGGGCCUAAUAACAGUCAGCUUGGAGAACAAGUUUGCAGACUUGUGUUGAUGAGCUGGCAGCGCGGAGGAGCGGCACACCGACACCUGCUAGCAACUUCUUCUUGUUUGUUUCACGGUUGUUUGCUUUUUGUCCACCUUCUUCCACGGAGACUUUGACUUUCCGCGCUCUUCGGUGAACUUUUAGCUCCCGUCGCCUCGCCAGAGAAUGUACAACAUGAUGGAAACGGAGAUCAAGUCCCCUCUCCCGCAGCCCAACCCGGGCUCGGGGGGUCCGGGAUCCAAGGGGAGCGGCGUGAGCGACCAGGAGCGCGUCAAGCGGCCCAUGAACGCUUUCAUGGUGUGGUCCCGCGGCCAGCGCCGGAAGAUGGCCCAGGAGAACCCCAAGAUGCACAACUCGGAGAUCAGCAAGCGGCUCGGCGCCGACUGGAAGCUGCUGACGGACGCCGAGAAGCGGCCCUUCAUCGACGAGGCCAAGCGUCUGCGCGCCAUGCACAUGAAGGAGCACCCGGACUACAAGUACCGCCCCCGCAGGAAGACCAAGACCUUGCUCAAGAAAGACAAGUACUCGUUGCCCGGCGGGCUGCUGGCUCCGGGCGGCAACGCGGUCAGCAACCCGGUGCAGGUGGGUCAGAGGAUGGACGGCUACGCGCACAUGAACGGCUGGACCAACUACUCCCUCAUGCAGGACCAGCUGGCCUACCCGCAGCACCACGGCAUGAGCGGCCCGCAGAUCCAGCAGAUGCACCGCUACGAGAUGGCGGGGCUCCAGUACCCCAUGAUGUCCACGGCGCAGACCUACAUGAACGCGGCCUCCACGUACAGCAUGUCUCCGGCGGCGUACACGCAGCAGGCGGCCGUCGGUGCCGGCACCGGCGGAGGCGGGGGCGGUGCCGGGCCCAUGGGCCUGGGCUCCAUGUGCAAGAGCGAGCCCAGCUCGCCGCCGCCCGCCAUCACGUCGCACUCCCAGCGGGCCUGCUUGGGGGACCUGAGGGACAUGAUCAGCAUGUACCUGCCCCCCGGCGGGGACAGCGCGGAGCACUCGUCCCUGCAGGGGAGCCGGUUACACAGCGUGCACCCCCACUACCAGAGCGCGGGGACGGGCGUCAAUGGGACCCUACCUCUCACCCACAUCUGACAGCGUAAGAAAAAAACAAAACAAAAACAACUCAAAGACCUUUCAAAAUUAAAAAAAAAGUACUCGGAUACUUGAACUUUUUUGGUUGCGUAAAGCAAGAAUCUCCACAAGCGGUUUUAUCGCAAUACGUGUUGUUGUGGGCCGAGACUGAAGGUUGAGUCCAGCACAGGAAAAGUUGCGUGUUGAGAUGACGACUGCAAGCAACCAAAGUCGUGUUGGACUUCUGCCGAUGAAAUAUGACGCCAUGUUUCAUUUCACUCGCUUCAUAAAUGUUUACACUUGAUUUGUAGGAUGGAGUCUUCAUGGAGUCCAAACUUGUAGACCCUCUUUCACACCCCCCUCCUUUUUCGUUAGCUUGAAAUGAAAUAUUAAGACUGUGCGGGUCGCAAACGCAAGUUUUAUUUAUAGUUUUCCUUCCUUUCUUUUAGUUUUUUUUUGUCAUGUGGGAAAAAAUGUUCACUUUUUUUUGGUUUUGUAAAAUUCUGUGCUGUUUUUUUUUGGUUUGUUUUUGACAGUGUCUCGUGGACGCGUUCUUCUGAGCUGGAAAGAAAAGGUUUUAUUUAAAAGGACGUUUCUACGUAUUUUAAGACCAUCCUCUAUUCUUAAAUGCUGAAUAAAUUUGUAAGAAACUAAACACAUCUGAGACUU